GAAGAGAGAAAAUGGGGAUAGAAUAGGGGCGUGGAGGGAGGGGUAGGGUGGCGAGGGAGGGGGUCCCGCGACUGCGCCGGAGAGCCGGGCUCCCGUGCGUUCUGCGCCCGCCUGCGGAGCCGCGAGCCUGGAGCCCAGGCCGAGAGCUGGUGCCUCCGCCGCGCGGUGCCUUCGCCUGUGUACGGUGCUGAGCAUCGCGAACCCAAAGGCAGUGACCUCCGAGUGUCUCUUGACACGUGUUGGGAUAGGGGCUCCCAGGGGGCUGAGCUCUGGCCAGGAUGGUGGAGAGGUCGCCCGAAGAGGACCCAUUCCUCCCCACCUCUCCCCAGAUGAUGGCUUCUUGGAACCCCGACGCCCCACGUUCCUGCGAUUGCUUUGUCUCGGUACCCCCGGCCUCUGCCAUCCCCGCCGUGAUCUUUGCCAAGAACUCUGACCGGCCCCGGGACGAAGUGCAGGAGGUGGUGUUUGUACCCGCAAGCACUCACCCCCCUGGGAGCCGGCUCCAGUGCACCUACAUUGAGGUGGACCAGGUGUCAGAGACUCAUGCGGUGAUCCUGAGCCGACCUUCGUGGCUCUGGGGGGCAGAGAUGGGCGCCAAUGAACAUGGUGUCUGCAUUGGCAAUGAGGCGGUGUGGACCAAGGAGCCAGUUGGCGAGGGGGAAGCCCUGCUGGGCAUGGAUCUGCUCAGGCUGGCCUUAGAACGGAGCCGCUCUGCCCUGGAGGCCUUGCACGUGAUCACGGGCUUGCUGGAGCGCCAUGGGCAAGGGGGCAGCUGCCGGGAGGACCCUGCCCCGUUCUGCUACCACAACACUUUCCUGCUGGCUGACCGGACUGAGGCGUGGGUGCUGGAGACAGCGGGGAGGCUGUGGGCCGCACAGAGGAUCCGGGAGGGGGCCCGCAACAUCUCCAACCAGCUGAGCAUUGGCACAGACAUCUCCGCCGAACACUCAGAGCUGCGGACCCAUGCCCUGGCCCAGGGCUGGUGGGGUGGGCAGAGCACUUUCGACUUCGCUCAGGUCUUCUCCCUGACUCAGCAGCCUGUGCGGAUGGAGGCUGCCAAAGCCCGCUUCCAGGCCGGACGAGAGCUGCUGCAGCAGCAGCGAGGGGGCAUCACGGCAGAGGUGAUGAUGGACAUUCUCAGGAACAAGGAGAGUGGCAUCUGUAUGGACUCGGGAGGCUUUCGCACCACGGCCAGCAUGGUGUCCAUCCUGCCCCAGGAUCCCACACAGCCCUGUGUCCACUUCCUCACUGCCACACCAGACCCAUCCAGGUCAGUGUUCAAACCUUUCAUCUUUGGGGCGGGCGCGGCCCCAGCCCCCCAGGUGGUGUCCCCCACUUUUGGAGCACAGGAUCCUGUUCGGACCCAGCCCCGAUUCCAGACUCAGGUGGAUCGCCGGCACAGCCUCUACCGCGGACACCAGGUGGCCCUGGGGCUGAUGGAGAGUGGGCAGGAUCGGGGACAGCAGCUCUGGCAGAAGCAGCGGGACCUGGAGCAGGAAGGCCUGGAGGCUGCGCGGCGGCUGCUGGCCGGGGAGUGGGCCCCACCCCCACAGGAGCUGGGCGCCCUCUUCCAGGCCUUUGUGGAGAGGGAGAGCCGGGUGUAUGGCUGAGCGCCACAGCUGGUCCUGGCCUGGGGUGGGCACAGGACCCCUGGGAUGGCGGGAUCAGCACAAGCCCUUCACUUCCCUCAGUCCUGUUCUGGGCG